AUGGUACCAAUAUGUCACUCGAUAAAAGAUGUGACAGUAACAAACGACGGUGACGGUGCAAGAAAAACAGCAGAAAAUACAGAUCUGAUGUUUAUGCUGAAAUACACGGUAUUCGAUAGUGACUCAGAAGAUGAGCAAGAAGAAAAAGCGAAGCCAAUCUUUCUAGGGACGAACGGCAAGACAAAAGUGGUUGUGGAUAAUGCUUCAAAUGCCCAAAAUGGUGUAAUUUUGCAUGAUUUGGAUGAGGAUAGAAUAGAUUUGCUUGAUUAUGAUGAGGAACGGCUGGUAAGAUUGUCGCCGGAAAUACGAACACGUUAA